ACUUUAAGCUACGUCUGGCAACAUCCUAUCUAAAGUCAAAACGAAAAUAUGACCUUAUAUCUGUAAGAUAACUUCUCUUCCCAAAGACUGGCCCGAAAUUAGCGAAAUGCCAGAAACAUCGGAGAGAUAGAAGUAGAUCCUGAAAGAAGAAAACCACCAAUCUGAAACGAACUGGAUCAAAGAUGCGAACACAUUGUUGACCGUUUGUUUUGUUUUUAAAGGGAUAUUAAGCACUCCAAGGGGUUUACGAUGGCUUUGCUUCCAAAAAUACUACUUGCCUGUUCGAUUUUGGAAUUUGCGAGAAAAGCCUCUGGUAGCGAUCCGGAAUUUUCUACCAUCACAAACCUAGAAACCUGGGCAGAGGCAAACCUGAGCUGUCAGCAAAAAGGCGGGAACCUAGCAGUGUUAGAUAGUGGCGGCAAGAUAUCACGUGCUCGAGCGCUUGCGCGAAGUAGUCAGGGCCCUCUCUGGAUAGGUCUUAGCUGCGACGUCAAUCAACAGUUGUCAUGGGUUACCGGUGGCUCCGUCCACUGGCUUCUUGUCAACUCGAGGGCUACCCCACCGGCGUGUUAUACGUUGAAUACAGGGUUUUAUAAGUUCCAGAGACAGGAUUGCAAUGGAACUUUUGGUUACAUAUGCGAGGGGUUAAGCAAUAUAGCAGGAAAUAUAUCAAUAACACGAAGCACGCAAACAACGGCACAAACCAUGACAAGUUCAUCCCUAAACGCGAAUAGUCAAGUGACCAAGACGCUUCCAAGCCCGCAAAGUACAUCGGGAGAUCACCCAAGUACUCCAGCACUUUUCGAACACGUGACUACAUUGCGCACGCAUGUACAGACGGCGACGCUCGCUGUUACCCCGACUGCGUCUGUCACUGUUAAAGCGUCCAGGACAAUCAUAUCUAGUGCUGGCAUUCUGGGUGCAUUCAAGGAGCGAAUCUCACAACUAAGCGUGGAAGACAGAAAUUCAAUGCAGCAAGUUUCUAAGGCUUACGAGGGGAUGGUGGAUGAGCUUGCAAGCCUUCAACAGGUUAUGGGCACUUCGUCGCGGAUGGCGAUAGUCGAGGAUAUUGAGUCAUUCGCUUUGGAAUACGCCGAGCACCACAUAGAUGGCGAAAACAAUCGACUGAUGAUAAACAACAAGAACAUUGGUAUCGAGAUGAUAAUCGUAGAUCCCACGAACUCCUCAACUUCAGAUAUCACCCUUCCCAGUGAGCACACAGACAUACACGAUGUGCAGAUAACCUUGCCAUCAUCUGUCAUCGGUAGCCAAGAAAAACGGAUUGUGACGAUUAUUUACAAAGACGACCUAGUCUCGUCGUCAGAAACUAACACAGAUAACGGUGAGCGCAAAUUGAAUACGAGGAUUUUGUCAUGCUCCAUCCUUCCGCGCGUCACACCCCCAUUUACUGACCACGUGAGGCUGGUAUUUCCACACUUGAAGAAAACUCAAGAUACCAGUUCUUCUGAUUGUGUGUUCUGGAAGACGUCCAAAAAUUUGGAUCAAGUUGGCGCCUGGUCGGAGGAAGGAUGCCGCGUAGUGACGUCAUCGGCGACACAGACAAUCUGCGCCUGCGAUCACUUGACAAAUUUUGCGGUCUUAAUGCAAAUGACACCAGAAAAGGUUCUUGAAGAGCAUGAGCUGGGGCUUGCUGUCGUCUCGUAUGUCGGCCUCUUCCUCUCACUUUUUGGUGAACUUUCCACCAUCAUUACCUACCUUACAUUUCUGAAUCGCCAACUGGAGAAGACGCAGAUCCGUGUGAACCUCGUCGCCAAUCUGGCAAUGGCGCAGAUAAUUCUAAUGUCGGGAAUCAACGCAACAAAGAACCGGAUUGUUUGCGUUGCCGUCGCAGCAUUAAUCCACUAUUUCUACCUCGCCGCGUUCUGCUGGAUGCUUAUUGAGGGCGUCUACUUGUAUCGCCUCGUGGUCAAAGUAUUCCAGACAAACAUGAAAAUGAAAUAUGCUUACUGCUUCUGCUACGGAUUUCCGGCACUAGUGGUGGUGGGUUCACUGUUUGCUGCAGCAUUUGGUACCGGGGGAAUUUCGACUUACGUCAACGAGCAUUUCUGUUGGCUCGCUCAUGCAAACCACCUUAUUUGGACAUUUGUUGGUCCCGUGGUUGCUAUAACAACGGCGAACCUUGUCAUCCUGAUCACAGUGAUUCGUGAGAUGUCCAACCUCAAGUCAGUGAAGACCAUCAACUCCAUUAACAUGUCUAGCAUAAGGACCAGUGCUCGGGCGUGUAUGAUUCUAUUGCCCUUGUUUGGAGUCACGUGGCUAUUUGGGCUACUCAGCCUUGGUAAUGUCGGUGGUGUCGCCGGGCGAUACGUCUUCACAAUCCUCAACUCCUUACAGGGUUUCAUGAUCUUUGUUUUUCACUGUGUCAGAAGCACAGAGCUACGGGCUGCUGUUCAUUUAAAGCUCUUCAAAUGGGAGAGCUCCAACAGUCGAACUCCAGACAGUAACAGCACGCCGCUCAAGAAACGUCAAAGCAGCAAAACAAUGGCCGCGCCAAAUAAGGUCAUACCAGGAGCCCGUAUGCAGGGCAGGAUUCACAGUACAGCGCACUCAUAGGGUUACCAUAUAAGGUUAUGCCAAACUCCCGGAUGUACAGAGCAUGAUUCAUACAACAGCGCACAAAUAGGGUUGUCAUAUAAGGUUAUGCCAAACUCUCGGAUGUACAGAGCAUGAUUCAUACCACAGCGCACUAAUAGGUUGCCAUAUAAGGUUAUGCCAAACUCCCGGAUGUACAGAGCAUGAUUCAUACCACAGCGCACUAAUAGGGUUGCCGUAUAAGGUUAUGCCAAACUCCCGGAUGUACAGAGCAUGAUUCAUACCACAGCGCACUAAUAGGGUUGUCAUAUAAGUUUAUUCCAAACUUCCGGAUGUACAGGGCAUGAUUCAUACAACAGCGCACUAAUAGGGUUGUCAUAUAAGGUUAUGCCAAACUUCCGGAUGUACAGGGCAUGAUUCAUACAACAGCGCACUAAUAGGGUUGUCAUAUAAGGUUAUGCCAAACUUCCGGAUGUACAGAGCAUGAUUCAUACAACAUCGCACUAAUAGGGUUGCCAUAUAAGGUUAUGCCAAACUCCCGGAUGUACAGGGCAUGAUUCAUACCACAGCGCACUAAUAGGGUUGUCAUAUAAGGUUAUGCCAAACUUCCGGAUGUACAGGGCAUGAUUCAUACAACAGCGCACUAAUAGGGUUGUCAUAAAAGGUUAUGCCAAACUUCCGGAUGUACAGGGCAUGAUUCAUACAACAUCGCACUAAUAGGGUUGUCAUAUAAGGUUAUGCUAAACUCCUGGAUGUACAGGGCAUGAUUCAUACAACAGCGCACUAAUAGGGUUGCCAUAUAAGGUUAUGUCAAACUCCCGGAUGUAUAGAAAUAAGUAAGGUAUAGGUAGUUCAAAGAAUUGUGCAUAUAUGAUUGACAAUGCCACAGUGGUUACACAAAAUAAGGUCAAACCAUUUUUUCAGCUGUAAAUAUUCCUAAAAUAAUUUAAUUCCAAGUUUAAUAUACAGAAUUGGAUUCAAACUAUUGUCUAUUUACACCCAGUAAAUGUCACGGACAAUGAAGCAGGGGUUCUGUGAUCUGUUUUGAUUGACUGGUUAGACAUUCCUCGUAGAUUCUUCCUUAACGGGUCCCUGACACCUGCCAUUUUGUCACCCUGGCAAAGUACCUUGUGUUAAGAUGAAUCCAUUUCCAUCGGCUAGAUCUGGGAAGCUUUUGCUAUAAUCUUGAUUUGAAUUUGUAAAAGAAGUUUUAAACUUUGUUCUUAGAUCAUUAUUUCGAAAUGUCAUCGUAUAAAUUUUCUGCCAAAAUUGAAUUAAAACAAUGACAAAUGUGUGACUGACUAGGACACUUUAACGUUAUUAAAUCUGGACAAAUACUAAAAAGCGAGAGCAAGCACUGGGAA